AUGGCGGAGGCCUUUAUUGGGCGCCCUUCAGCCGCCGCCUUCCCGCCUGGCGCGGAGACUCCGGGGACGAGGAGGCGGGUCGAGCCUCAGGCGGCGAGGACGACUGUCCGUCCGGGCGAGCAGCCCCAUGGCCGCACAGCUCCUCCGGCGGGCCGCUUGGAGGCCGAGGCGCGGGUGCCAGGCAGCAGUCCGGCAGGUGCAGCCCACGGAGCCGGCGUGGGGGGGGCGCCUGCCCCCCUCGUGCGUGGAGAGGGCUGGGGGGGGUCGCGCGAGACAGUCUCUCCCCCCCCCGCCGGCUGCGGCCUUGGGGGCGGUGCGGUGCGGGGCCUAGGCCUUGGGCCGGGCCUGGGUGGGGGCCCCUCCGUGGGGGCUGCGGGUGGGCUCCUGGUCCGGCGGCGGCGGCGGCUCCGGCGUCGCCUUGGCGAGGGGCUGCAGGAGGGGCUGGUAGAUGUAGACCCCGCCGGCCACCCCCACGGCCGCCGCCACCACCGCCUGCGCCACGCUCGGGCCCCGCCGCAUCUCUCCGGGCAGAGCAGCAGGCUUACCGGUGGGACAGCCGCCUGCGCGAAAGGGCCGUCACCGCGCACGCGCGCCGCCUCUCUCCGCCAGGGCGGCCACUUCCGUCAGCGGGGGGGCGGGACUUCCUGGCGCUCUCAGCGACGGGUGCCCGGAGGAGUCAGAACGCGCUUCCGGGCCCGUGGGGGAGGGCGCACUUUUGGCCCCGCCCUCCACCGGAAAGCGCCCGCCCGCCCCGCCCAUCCCGGAAGCGCGUCCGCGCGGAGCCGAGAGGCGGCCCCCCCCGGGAGGGCGGUGGGAGACGUCGCCAUGGAGACCGGGCCUGGCGGCCGCGGGGGGAUCCGGCCCCCCCACGUGCGCCUGCGGAAGCGGAAGUCGGAGCUCUACAGCCCCGCCCCCGGGGGUGCCGCCGCCGUCGCCGCGAGGCGGAGCCCGGCCCUCCCGGGGGAGACGCUCCGCCUGGCCUCCCUGGCCGUCGUCCUCAGGCUGCUCAACUGCCUUUUAGUCCAGACCAGUUUUGUCCCGGACGAGUACUGGCAGUCGCUGGAGGUCGCCCAUCGACUGGUGUUCAAUUAUGGCUAUUUGACCUGGGAGUGGACGGAAGGGCUGCGGAGUUCCCUCUUCCCGCUCUUCUUUGCCGGCAUCUAUAAAGGGCUGCAUCUGUUGUCCAAGGAUGACGUCCAGUGGUUGAUCUGGCUUCCCAGGAUGGCCCAGGCCCUUCUGUCGGCGCUGGCAGAGGUGAAGCUCCAUUCUUUCGCGAAGCGCCUGGAUGAUGGCGAGACGGCCAAGUGGGUGGCCUUCUGCCAGCUGUGCUCCUGGUUCACAUGGUUCUGCUGUACCAGAACUCUGACCAACACCAUGGAAGCGGUCCUUGGCACCUGGGCCCUCUCCUACUACCCGAUGGAAGGCACAGAGGCGGGGAGCAGGCGGAAGUGCCUGGCCCUGGUGGCGCUGGCGUGCCUCGUUCGCCCGACCGCUCUCAUCCCCUGGACUCCAUUGCUGCUCCAUCAGUUCUGGAAAGAGCCGCGAAAGCAGCAGCUGCUGUUGACCACCUACCUCCCCGUGGGGCUGAUCUCUUUAGGAGGGUCUCUCAUAGUGGACCGACUGUUCUUUGGCCGGUGGGUUGUGGUGCAGCUGAACUUCUUGAAGUUUAACGUCCUGCACAAUUUGGCUGCUUUCUAUGGCUCCCACCCGUGGCACUGGUACUUCUCCCAGGGUUUGCCGGUGGUCCUGGGCCCCCACCUCCCCUUCUUCAUUCAUGGCUGCUUUCAAGCCCCACAGAAGCAUCGCAUCUUCCUGGCGGUGGUACUUUGGACUGUGGGGGUUUACAGCACGCUGAGCCACAAAGAAUUCCGGUUUAUCUACCCUGUGCUGCCGUUCUGCAUGGUGUUUUGCGGACGUUCUCUUCGGCAGCUGAAAAGAGGGAGGCGGGCCGCCUGCGCCUUCCUAGUGCUGGGCAACCUGCUGCCUGCGCUCUACACAGGGCUUGUCCAUCAACGCGGCACCCUUGACGUCAUGGGCUACCUGCAAGGGCUGUGCCAGGCCCCAGCGGCUUCCGUCUGGAUGCUGAUGCCCUGCCAUUCCACACCUCACUACAGCCACCUCCACUGCCCCCUCCCACUGAGGUUCCUGGAGUGCCCCCCAGACUUGACGGGGAAGGCUGAUUACCGGGACGAAGCAGCUGUGUUUUACACGGACCCACAGAAGUGGCUCACGGAGGAGUUCUCUAACACUACCUUGCUACCCACCCAUGUGGUCUUCUUCAAUGUGCUGGAACAGGACAUCGCGUCCUUCCUGGCUGCCAACGGCUACACCAGGGCCGCCACCUUCUUUCACACCCACCUCCCUCAAGGCCGGACCGGAAGCUCCGUUUACGUCUACAAAAGAACCGAAAGCGUCUCUGAAGACCCACCUACAGCCAGCUAA